GGCCGCGCUUCGCGAUUGACAAGAUGUGAUAAACAUUCUGCGGUUUUAUCACUGAUUUGUGUGCUGUUUUUGUGAAUUAUACGAAACACAAAGCUACCAUAUAGUAGAUCGGUACAUUAGCAAGUGAAAUUCUCUACCGUGUGAACAAUGUUUUGAUAACAAACACCGUGCGGAUCCAUUCAGACGAGCCCACCGUUUCGACGCGUAGUGUCAGCUUCUCCUUCACGUUGUUCGGCCGUCGUCUCUCCAACUCCAAGUGCUCAUCAACGAAACACGAACACAACGGCGCACAAUCCAGCGUUGAUAGUAAAACCUACCCACCACAAUCCUACACAUAAACUAAUGUUGCAACUUUCAUUGACAUUCAGUAGUGCUUUCGAUUUCGUUCGGUUCGGUUUGCUAAGGAAAAUAAUCCAAGAAAGGGGGACUUGCAAAUUUGCAAAAACCAAGAUAGAGAAGCCUUGCGCUAUUCUCUGCUAUCAUCAGUCGAUUGGCGUUCAAGAUUUGAUUGGGUGUCCGGGAGAUAUCCGCGAAUGGUGGAACAGAUAAUUUACAUUUAGAGAUUUUCUGCAAAUCUUCUGAGGCGAUUCGCGCUCAGUAGUGUCAGUGAAGUCCUGUUAAGUCGUGAAUUUUGUCCAAGAAACUUCGAAAAAUUUGGUUGUCUGGGGCAUUGGAGUUUUUGAUAACAAUUUGCAUUUCCUUCCUACCAACGAGUGUGUCUCGAGCGUCAGAAAAUUCCUCCAAACUACAAAUUUGCUGGAAAAUCGGUGUUUUAGUGAUAAUUGUGACCUUAGAACCACUGCAUGAUGUCAUCCACUAGUGGAGAUCUGCUGGAAGACGGCGCUUUUGCCGCCAGCAAAAACAGUUGGAAUCGCCACUAUCAAAAUAGUGUUGUCCAGCCACUGCUCACAGAUCUGUACCAAAUUACGAUGGCCUAUGCGUACUGGAAGUCCGGCAAAAUUGACGACCAAGCCGUGUUUGAUCUGUUCUUCCGUAACAACCCUUUUCACGGCGAAUUCACCAUUUUCGCAGGACUGGAAGAAUGUUUGAAGUUUUUGGACAAUUUCCAUUACUCAGAAACAGAUAUUGAAUAUCUCAAACAUGCGCUCCCCGAGGGCAUCGAGGAGGAAUUUUUUGAUUACUUAGGCCAGCUAACCGCGAAGGAUGUCACGCUGUAUGCCAUCGAGGAGGGUUCGGUCGCUUUCCCCAGAGUUCCCCUGAUUAAAGUGGUAGGACCACUGAUUAUUGCGCAGUUGUUGGAAACUACCCUACUCACCCUGGUAAACUAUGCAAGCUUGAUGGCUACGAAUGCGGCACGCUAUCGUAUGGUCGCUGGGCGACACAUCAACCUGCUCGAGUUUGGCCUUCGGCGCGCUCAAGGGCCUGACGGAGGCCUGUCGGCAUCGAAGUACUCCUACAUCGGUGGUUUCGAUGGUACCUCCAAUGUGUUGGCUGGCAAGCUUUUCAACAUUCCCGUGAAAGGAACACACGCCCACGCGUACAUUACGUCCUUCACUGGCAUCCAGGAGCUGAAAACACGAGUAUUGCAGCACAAAGAGACAGGUGACAAACGCGACCUGCUGGAACUGGCCGUACAACAUCGGGCGCAGCUAUCCAAAGUGCUGGACAUUUCCACGGAUGAAUCGAGCGAGGGAGAACUGGCCGCGAUGGUUUCCUUCGCGAUCGCAUUCCCCGACGGCUUUAUGGCCCUAGUCGACACGUACGAUGUUAAGAGCGAAAAGAAAGACACAAAAAGUACGCUCUAUGGAGACGCCAGUUGCUUGCUGGAUGCGUCCAAUUGUUAUCCCUGCUGUCCCCUAACCAGUGACCCUAACAUGAACCGACCGACCGACGAUUCCUACCUAUCCCCGGACGAUUCGGAAGCAGCUGACGCCAUGCUUGCGGGCGGCGUGAACGAGGGGGAAGAGCAGGAAGACAGUGAUCCAAUCGAAAGUAGUAAUGUGUGUUGUUCUUGUGGUGUUAGUGUGACGCGUGUAAACGAUUAUUGUGAGAACGGUAAUCUUCAGCAGGAUGAUGCUACUCAAGCCAACAACACUAAUGAUACCAAUGAUGAUGAUAGUGCUGUCGAUCCGCCGGAACUUGAAAGCGUCUCGAAUGACUUCGACAGUGGUCAACUGACCAACGGAAAUGGGCCGUCCGAAAAUGAUGAUUAUGACGUCGGGGGCGACGAGACGGGCCAGCAGCUGUUGUGUGCUAACUGUGAGGCUAAUGCACGUGAACAUCGAUCCUGUGUGAUCGAUCAUCUCAAGUCCGUCGGAAAGUCCUUCAGGAGCGGUUUGUUGAACUUCUGCGCCGUUGCCUUGGCCCUCAACGAUCAGGGCUACCGGGCGGUAGGAAUACGCAUUGAUUCCGGUGAUCUCGCGUACCUGAGCUGUCUGGCGCGGGAAACUUUCGAGCGCAUCGCCGAACGCUUCAAGUUGACCUGGUUCAGCAAGCUGACCAUCGUUGCGUCGAAUGACAUCAACGAGGAGACGAUUUUGAGCCUCAACGAGCAGGGGCACAAGAUCGAUUGCUUCGGUAUUGGAACACACUUGGUGACUUGCCAGCGACAACCAGCCCUCGGUUGUGUCUACAAGAUGGUCGAGAUCAACAGCCAACCCCGGAUCAAACUCAGCCAGGAUGUGGCCAAGGUAACGAUGCCGGGCAACAAGAAUGUUUUCCGACUGUACGGCGCCGAUGGGCACGCCCUGAUUGAUCUGCUUCAAAGAGUUGACGAAAGUCCACCUGAGGUAGGCCAAAAGGUGCUCUGCCGCCAUCCAUUCCAGGAAUCGAAGCGAGCCUAUGUCAUACCCACAUACGUCGAGGCACUGUACAAGGUGUACUGGGCCGAUGGACGCGUGACACAGGCCAUGCCUUCGCUGGACGAAGUACGCGAUCGGGUGCAGAACUCAUUGAAGACCCUCCGGCAAGACCACAAGCGCACGCUGAAUCCUACCCCAUACAAGGUCGCAGUGAGUGAUAACCUGUACAACUUCAUACACGACCUCUGGUUACAGAACGCUCCUAUCGGCGAACUGGCAUGAUGAAGUGGUUAAUCCACCCCGUUCCACACGUAACGUUCACCUUAUGUGGAUAAUUUGUUAUCCAACGCAAUAUAAAUGCGUUUUGUUUGUGAAACUCCUUGGUACUCCCGAAUUGUUCUGCGAAUAGCGCGGAAAGUGGAGUUAAAAUUUGCAAUUUGUUGAGAAAAAAAGUUAGUUAUUCCGAUGGUAAACCAAUUGUUCAACAACUAAGUAUAUUAUCGCCGUACAAGAAAAUGUUUUGACGGAUAUUUUAGAACAACGUGUGGCGUGUGUUUUUCGAAGCGUACAGAAUUCUUUGUUGUGAGGAACUUAAGAAUGAAGCGAAAGCGAUUCUCAACACAAUUUAGAUCAUUCCGAUACCGAAAACUGUAACUUAUUUCAGCAAAACACUGACGGAAGAAAUAGCCAACACAAAGUACAACCAGUUUGAAACCGUAGCUUUUGUUAGACGCCUAAACUUCCAUCACCUUUAUAUGUUAAUUUUUACUCCUCCAAAAAUAAUAAAAUCAAGUCGCGGGAAUUGCACAAACCAAAUAAACACGCGAAGAAGUAUAACAAACUGUGCCUUAAAAUGGGUCACCGGAUAAACAGAACAAUUUUGAUGAUUUAAAUAAUUUUGAACUCGAGUAUUUAGAAAAAGUAGCAUUUGACGCCGAGAAUAAAUCUCAUCCAAUGAAUUUCCAAGUUGAGUUUUCUGCAUACUUACUUUUGUUUUAAAAAAAGUCUAAGUACGUCAAAAUUAAUAUUUUCACAAAAUGGUUUAAUUGAUUUUUUAAAUGUUUUGUUCCAGUGAACGUCACAAUUGAACAAUAUUUAUUGAACAUUCAUAAGAGUAUAUAUCGGAAAUAGCAUACAAUAUUUACUAUCACGGAAGUAAACAAAAAUAGAACACCUUAACUAGAACUUUCAAACCGAUUAACGGAAAUCUGGUCGAUUUAAAACAAAAACAAAAACCUAACUCUUAUAACUGUCGUAGCCAAACCUGGAAUCUGGACGAGCUAUUAGAGCUGCAGAAAAUAUAUGUAAGAAAACA